CACCGUACCAGCUGCCGGUAAUCCUGGGAAUACCGUGACACCGGGACUGCCCGGGCUGCCGGUACCGCGGAGUCGGGAUCCGGGUCCCCAGCUCAGCCUGAGAUGCACCUCGGCACUGGGAGCACUGGUUGCAGGCUGGUGGGAGCAGCCAUGAGGGACAUGCUUGGAUCUGGAUGCCUUGGGAGCCUUGUCCAACUCGCCUGGAUGUGCCUGUUCUCCGUGCCGCACGGUGGGGCCAAGGUGCUGGAGAAGACCUUUGAGGAGUGGCUGCGGUACCGUGACGAGUGUCUGAGGAGGAUGGCGAGCGAGCCCUACCCCGCAGGGCUGUUCUGCAACCGGACAUUCGACAUGUAUGCCUGCUGGCCCGACGGGAGCCCUGGCACCGCUGUGAACGUCUCCUGCCCCUUCUACCUGCCCUGGUUUGAGAAAGUGAAACACGGGCUGGUGAGUCGCCGGUGCGGUGCCGACGGGCAGUGGGUGAUGGUGAAUGGCAGCCAGCCCUGGAGGGACUACUCACAGUGCGAGGAGGAGAUGGAGGUCACCGCUGAGGAGGAGGGUGCCCGCAGGCUGAUGGUGAGCUUCAAGGUGCUCUACACCGUGGGGUACUCGCUGUCACUCCUCACCCUCAUCUCUGCCCUGCUCGUCCUCACCGUCUUCAGGAACCUCCGCUGCACCAGGAAUUACAUCCAUGCCAACCUUUUCGCCUCCUUUGGCCUGCGGGCGACCUCGGUGAUGGUGAAGGACGCGCUGCUGGAGCGGCGCUGGGGCGUGGAGCUGCUGCAGGUGGCUGACUGGGAGAACCUGCUGAGCCACGAGGCUGCGCUGGGGUGCCGGGUGGCGCAGGUGCUGAUGCAGUACUGCAUCCUGGCCAACCACUACUGGUUCCUGGUGGAAGCCAUCUACCUCUACAAGCUGCUCAUCGGGGCCGUGUUCUCCGAGAAGAAUUACUACAGGCUCUACCUCUACCUGGGCUGGGGGACCCCCGUGGUGUUCGUGGUGCCCUGGAUGGCUGCCAAGUACUUGAAGGAGAAUGCAGAGUGCUGGGCACUGAAUGAGAACAUGGCUUACUGGUGGAUCAUCCGCAUCCCCAUCCUGCUUGCCUCCCUGAUCAACCUGCUCAUUUUCAUGCGGAUCCUCAAGGUGAUCCUGGCCAAGCUCCGAGCCAACCAGAAGGGCUACGCUGACUACAAGCUGCGGCUGGCCAAAGCCACCCUCACCCUCAUCCCUCUCUUCGGUAUCCAUGAGGUUGUCUUCAUCUUCGCCACCGACGAGCAAACCACGGGCAUCCUGCGCUACAUCAAGGUGUUCUUCACCCUCUUCCUCAACUCCUUCCAGGGUUUCCUGGUGGCCGUGCUGUACUGCUUUGCCAACAAGGAGGUGAAGUCUGAGAUGAAGAAGAAGUGGCAGCUCUGGAAGCUCGACUACCCAGUGCUCUGCUGUGCCCAGUGAUGCAGUGACUGCCCGCAGAGCCAGGGCACAGGGGCUGCUGUUCACAACGGGCACGAGGGCCCAGCUGGAGGGUGGGGGAUUGUGGGGAGCUGUGCUGGGCAGUGCCCACCUGGGACGUCCAGGCUGGGACCAGCGUUUGGCUGUGCCACACUGGAGCUGCUGGAAGGGACAUCCCCCCACUGUGGUCCAAGGGGGAGAUGGGCACCCCAGACAUUGCCAGGCAUCGUUGCCUCCUUGGGGGCCUCACCUUGCCUGGGCUUGGGGGCUGCGUGGGCAGCAGGAACUGCUUCCUACCACCACCUGUGCACCAUCAGCAACCCCUGCCAGCACCCACCAGCCGUGUGCAGGGGAACCCCCUGCCCACCCACACUGCCCAGGCACAUGUGGGAGGGGAUCACGGCAGCUGGAGGGAGCCUGACCCUCAGCAGUGGGAAUGGGAGACUUUAUUCAGCCUGGCACUGCUGCAUGGACCUGCUGCCCCUCUGCCCAAACCCUCCUGUGGCACCAACACGUCAGGACAGGCAUCCCUGUCCUCCCCUCCUUGUCCUACCCAAGGAUCAUCUCACCAAUCCCGACAGCUCCCAGACAUCCACAGUCAUCUUGUGAAGCUCUUCACAGUGAGGUGCAGCUUCUGCACCUUCUCUCCAUCCUCAUCACGGACACAGAACGUGGCUCCAGCACCCACCUCCUUCUCGCUGCUCUUCAGCUGCACACACUGCUUGGUUCCUCCUCUCCAAGCCCC